CCAACUUUAUCUAUGUGAGUAACAGGAGACAAGUAAUGCUGCAUCCAUUGUAACCAGGGGCGGACUGACAACUCAUGGGGCCCCCGGGCAAUAGGGGAUCAUGGGACCCCUGUGUCCUUGCCCAAACUCAAAAAGCCUAUGAAAAAGGUACCAGGGGCAUCUCAUGGGGCCCCCUACUGACCCCCGAUUCUUGGGCAGUGGCCGAGUUUCCAAAUGGUCAGUCCGCCCCUGAGUGU